CGGCUUCUGAGCACGGGCUUAAAAUGACACUACACUAUAGACUCUUAAAGUGAUACCCUUACGUUGUACCGAAGUUGUGACCUAUGCGGUUGACUGCGGAUCUUUGACGCAGUAUUAAAUCCAAGAAAGGUGUUCAAGGUUUUUUAAUUACAUAUAAAAUACAUGUACUUACUACUCGGACCAUGGCAGGCCAUUUUUCGUUGCCGAUUAUCUGCAUUAUUUCUCUGAUUAUGGGAAUAACAACGCAGAAAUCCAAGACAAAUGGCAAUGAAAGCUGCGCCUAUCCGCACAGCUGUUACGAAUGGAUACCGCUGCCGACGGCGGACGACCUCAAGCUCAGCUGCAAUAUGGAUUUUAUGAACCCGUACAACAACGACAUGGAAACUCUGGAUGCAUGCCCAUUCUGGAAGCGGUCAUCGAUACUGUUUCCCUUCCGCUUUGAACUUCGUAAUUAUAAUGGAAACGAUUUCCCAUCAUCUAACGGCUCCCAAACAUCAGUCUACCGUUGGUUCGCGCAGUCAAAUUGUUACAGAAAACCUGACGUUUCCGGAAAGACUGAAUAUCCUGACCGGCAAAUCGCUCAUCUCGGCGGAGGUUAGCAUACCGUCCCGACGGUUGCCGUAAACUACGGACGUCUUUUUGGUAUCGCUUUUCUUCAAAGCCAGCCUUCCAUGAUGAUAUCGCGGACCUGGAGCAUUACCUCGAACUGGUGAUACAUUAUAAAAAGAACACCGCGUCUAACUUCAUUCCCAAUCGGCGAAUUUGGGGCGACGAGAAGGAUUAUGAUCAGCACCCGGGUUCAAAUAUCUGGAGAAAUGUCGUCGUCGAGUACACUGUCUACGAGGAGUUCACUCUUAAUUUCUUUGCUCACCAUAAACUUUUUUCCUGCCUUACAAAUGAAGCAAAUUCGAUUGACAUUCGCGGAAUCGAGACAGCAAUCGCUAGAGAAGUCACUUGUACAACUACAACACUUCCGGCGACAAACACAUCUCCAAUGACCAAACCAACACAAGCUUUCACUCCACCAUCAAACACAACCGGCGAUCUUUACGAAAAUUCCACGUUAUCUCUCGAUACUACCAGCGAUCCACUGGACAAUUCUACUGCGUUCCUCAAUACUACCGAUGACUCUUUCGAUAACUCCACAGUUUUCUACAAUACUACCAGCGAUCCACUGGACAAUUCUACUGCGUUCCUCAAUACUACCGAUAACCCUUUCGAUAAUUCCACAGUUUUCUUCAAUACUACCAGCGAUCCACUGGACAAUUCUACUGCGUUCUUCAAUACUACCGAUGACCCUUUCGAUAAUUCCACAGUCUUUUUCAAUACUACCAGCGAUCCACUGGACAAUUCUACUGCUUUCUUCAAUACUACCGAUGACCCUUUCGAUAAUUCCACAGUUUUCUUCAAUGCUACCAGCGAUCCACUGGACAAUUCUACUGCGUUCUUCAAUACUACCGAUGACCCUUUCGAUAAUUCCACAGUUUCCUUCUAUACCACCAGUGAUCCACUGGACAAUUCUACUGCUUUCUUCAAUACUACCGAUGACCCUUUCGAUAAUUCCACAGUUUUCUUCAAUGCUACCAGCGAUCCACUGGACAAUUCUACUGCUUUCUUCAAUACUACCGAUGACCCUUUCGAUAAUUCCACAGUUUUCUUCAAUGCUACCAGCGAUCCACUGGACAAUUCUACUGCGUUCUUCAAUACUACCGAUGACCCUUUCGAUAAUUCCACAGUUUCCUUCUAUACCACCAGUGAUCCUCUGGACAAUUCUACUGCGUUCCUCAAUACUACCGAUGACCCUUUCGAUAAUUCCACAGUUUUCUACAAUACUACCAGCGAUCCACUGGACAAUUCUACUGUGUUCCUCAGUACUACCGAUAACCCUUUCGAUAAUUCCACAGUUUUCUUCAAUGCUACCAGCGAUCCACUGGACAAUUCUACUGCUUUCUUCAAUACUACCGAUGACCCUUUCGAUAAUUCCACAGUUUUCUUCAAUACUACCAGCGAUCCACUGGACAAUUCUACUGCUUUCUUCAAUACUACCGAUGACCCUUUCGAUAAUUCCACAGUUUCCUUCAAUACCACCAGUGAUCCUCUGGACAAUUUUACUGUGUCCUCCAAUACUACCGAUGACCCUUUCGAUAAUUCCACAGUUUUCUUCAAUACUACCAGCGAUCCACUGGGCAAUUCUACUGUGUUCUUCAGUACUACCCUUGACCCUUUGCAUAAUUCCACACUACAAUCAGGCACCACUGUUACUCAGACACCGAUUGAAUCUGUUUGUGACGUUUUGAACAGCCAAUGUGGGCUUGAGUGGGCGACUCCGAAUGGCAAUAUCGCGAAUAGGUUAAACUGCCAGUUCGGAUCUUCCCAACCCGCUAAUUCGCAGAACGUUUACUGGUGCCCACAGUGGCAAAGAAGAGCUGACUACUACAGUUUUGCUUUUGAUGUCACUUCUUUGCCCGCAGAUCCGAAAAAUUUUUUCGCCAUAUCGAGGUGCUCGAGGAGCAGUAGUCUAAAUUCGCGAGAAGCCUUAGCAGUCCUUCGCACACCCGUGACAUUGGCCAGCGAGUGCUUAACCUUAAACGUCACGUUCAAAUACAAACUUUCCGCUAUUCCACGUAGCGAUUUCUUCUUGGAUGUAAGAAUCGGUAAACCAGACGAAACCAGAGUUCCUGCUGACAAUACCGUCAUCUGGGGGAAGAUGUCUGAUUACCCGAAAACCAAUUUUACCGACCAAUGGGUACAUGCCUCUGCGGUAUUCGAAGUUGCGGCGGAUGAACGCUUCACGAUCAACUUUGUCGCUCACCACAAUGACGGCUGUUCGACUCAGCGGCAAACGAUUGCAAUUGACGAUAUUGUUACUAAACAAGGAAGAAAAACGGAUUGUACAAUGCCAACUCCCAGUACAACAACAUCGCUUACGACACCGGCUAAGCCUCUUUGCCCUGAACUUCGAUGCCCUGAUUGGAAACCGCUCCCGCAGUCAGACAUGGCUAAGCUGACUUGCACCUUUGGCUCAUCCCAACCGUCAUCAUCGCAGUCCGUAUACUGGUGCCGAAACUGGGAGCGGAAGUUUAGUUCCCAACGAUACCAGUUCGACAUUGUACAGCGCUCUCCUAAAAACAUGCAAGCCUUAUCACGGUGCGGGUCUGUCGCCGGCAAAGCCCUGCUGCGUACCCCGCUCGUUACCGUUAGAGAGUGCUCCCAUUAUCAGCUCACAUUCAGCUACAAUUUAACCGGCGUUCCGGUCAUCGGUAACCAGGAAGCCGACAACUAUUUCCUGGAUGUCCGCAUAGGAAAGGGCAACGAAAAUCGUAUCCCAGACCGAGUUAUUUGGCGUACAGAUUUAGCAUUGCCGGCCAACCAGUGGCAAAACAUAACCGUAGAAUUCGACGUCGACGAUAGUUUCACCGUAAAUUUUGUCGCACAUCAUAGCAGUCGUUGCUCCUCUCAUAAGCAGGCCAUUGCACUGGAUGAUAUUACCACCAAGCAAGGAGAAGAAGGAGGCGGCGUGUGUACAACGCGCAAAGGACACUUGCAACCGGCUCAGGGCAUUUAUUAAUAUUACUGACCUUUCCCAUAAUUAGAAGGCAUUUGAACGCUAUUGUUGAAUGACCUGGCACAAAUAACACAAGAAACUGGACAAGCGUUUCAACCUCUUGUGGUCUGGCAGCUGACUCCCGAUAAUACCCAAUCUAAAUUUUUCAGCAUCACAAACGUCACCAAACAAUGCUCCAUUUAAGCGCUGAGCUUAUCUGUACUUAUGUACUGUUGUACGCUCAUUUAAUCACAAGCGCACCAGAGAUAUUUCAUAGUUGUUAUUUUGUUUGCUGAAACACUGAAACAUUCUUUUAUACAGAUUUGCAUUUGUGGGCACUUAAUUUCACAAGUGUAAACAUUGUGGUUUCUACGUUUACAAAAAUAAAUAAUUUUAUGAUAUGAUAA